AUGGUCAACAUCACCGAGAAGAUCAAAGAGAUCGAGGAUGAAAUGCGAAGGACGCAAAAAAAUAAGGCGACAGAGUACCAUCUUGGUCUACUGAAAGGGAAGCUCGCCCGCCUUCGUGCUCAGCUGCUUGAACCAGCUCCUGGUGCAGGGUCCGGCGGUGGGACCGGGUUUGAUGUUAGCAAAAGCGGUGACGCACGGAUUGCGCUUGUGGGCUUUCCUUCUGUUGGCAAAUCCACUUUCCUCUCCAAAAUUACGAAAACGAAGAGCGAAGUUGCGGCAUAUUCUUUUACUACUCUGACGGCCAUCCCCGGUGUACUUGAAUACGGAGGCGCAGAAAUCCAAGUUCUCGAUCUGCCCGGAAUUAUUGAGGGAGCUUCCGAGGGUAAGGGACGAGGGAGGCAGGUCAUCAGUGCUGCGAAGACAAGCGACCUGGUUUUGAUGAUCCUUGAUGCCACCAAGAAGGCAGAGCAGAGGGCGCUGCUUGAGGGCGAGCUUGAAGCUGUUGGCAUUCGAUUGAAUCGAGAGCCACCUAAUAUCUACCUGAAACCGAAAAAAGCCGGAGGCAUGAAAAUCACAUUUCAAAAUCCUCCUAAAAACCUUGACGAGAAGAUGCUGUACAAUAUACUACGAGACUACAAGAUGCUGAACUGUGAAGUGCUUGUUCGAGACGAGAACGCGACCGUUGUGAGGCUUUUCUCGUACUUAUCUCAUCCUGUUCGAGACUGA